AUGACUCCUUUGAUGAGCCUGGAGAAAAAGGAGAGCCCCGUGAAUCCGUACAAUCGAUCCGAAUGGGCGAAAAUAAACUCGAAAUGGCCACUCCCGGAUACGGAUGACAAUGAGAUCAGCGCUGUUAAUAGUCUGCCCCAACUCGACUGCGGUGCAUUCCCCAAAUCGUACAUGGACACGUGUAGCUGUUGCCCUCACGAGACCUUUGACAAGCACGGCACAGACACUAUCAUCAACUACAGAAACAUUGUCCUCAAGGACGAAGGUUGUUGCAAAGCACAUUGGUUGAGGAAAGAAUGUUAUCAAAGAAUUAAGACCAGGGUGAACAAAGCGGUUAAGAGACACAAAAUUUUUUUAAUACGCGGCGAGUUACCGAAAUUGAAAGAAGCUUUGGAGAGGAGAGGUUGGGUACAGAAAUAUGAAGCCACAAAAACAAGAACUCUGCCUUACGGUAGUGUGGCCAGCUUAGAGGCAAGAUCAUUGGGCGAUCUGACCCUAGCGGAUGGAACUUUAAACGAGAAAGCGGUGAUUUUCGCUUUAUUACGUCACAAAUCGCCAGAUUUUAUAUGGGACUGCCGAAACGACUUUGUCGACUGGCACCGUGGCCUGAGUAGUAAUACCCUCCUGAACAGAUACCAAAAACCGUCCGUUUACACUUCCAAGUUAGGAAUGGCCCGUGUACUGGAAGAAGCGCACUGGUUGUACGAGAGUGACGUGGCGAGCGUGUUGUUCCCUCGGAGUUACAACCUCAGCAGAGAGCCGAAAGCUUUUCUCGAGGAUUUUCGACUAACCGCUGCUGCUGGCCUGUUGAAGUGGUUCGUACAAAGAAUGCAAGAUGACCAGGAGACGGGGGACCUGGGACAACGUACGAUUCCAAUGAGUCGACUGGAAUUCGCUAUAAAACGCUGCGAGGAAUUUACUGCCUGCGCGAACCACCAAAACAUAGAUGAAGACUUUGUCGCCGAGCUUCCGGACGAAGAAUGGAAUUCCUUUUUAGACGAUUACACGACAGCAGUUCACGACGGUGGUGGAAUCGAGUACACGUCGGAGAAAACUCUAGAACAUUUACAAAGGUAUUACGAAAUAGCAACGUCAACAUUGUUGAAGCUGAAGGAAGUCGAUCCGCAGUACGAGUUGAAUGGAAUGCGAAACAUGUGGAUCCUGAAACCGAGCGAACUCUGUUGCGGUACCGGGAUAAGCAUAUCCCACAGCUUAAAGGACAUAUUCCGGAAGGUAAAAGGCAGACCGAAGGAUUACUUUAUCGUCCAGAAAUAUAUCGAGCGUCCUUUAUUGAUUCACGAUACAAAGUUCGACAUAAGGCAAUGGUAUUUGGUCACCAGCACGUUCCCGUUGACGAUAUGGUUGUUCAAGGAGGGUCUACUUCGGUUCAGCUCGAAGCCCUACACUUUCUCAACUUAUCACGAAGCGAUUCAUAUCUGCAAUACCGCUAUUCAGGAGAAGUACGACGAGGAGAGGAGAAGAAGGAGGAAACGUGGGUAUUCGGAGGAAGUCGUAAAAUCGGUUCGCGAUCAAGGAUGGGACUGCGAGAAGCUGAACGAAUAUUUAAAACAAAUCGGCCUCGAGGGUGAACCGUAUUACGAUCUGAUCUACCCGAAAAUGGCAGAAGCGAUAGUUUUAACGAUGCUGGCUUCCCAGGAACACAUGGACAGAAGACGGUGUAGUUUCGAGCUAUACGGAGCUGAUUUUGUCGUGAUGGAGGACCUUUCCGUUUGGUUGAUCGAGAUCAACACGAAUCCCCGGAUGCACCCGCCCAGCUCGAGAAUUACCAAGCGCCUCUAUUCCAGUGUCCUCCAGAGCUUGGUUAAAGGUUAG